GAGACAGACGGUCUACCUGGUCAUGGAUCUCCUGCUGAUGCUGUUGCUGUUGCUGUGGAGCUCAGGACUCCAGGCUGAAGAUAAACACCAAUCAACAGAGCCUGUCAGGUUGGUGGGAGGAGCCAGUCGCUGUGCAGGUACACUCGAGGUGAAACAGGGAGAGUGGAGACCAGUGAGUGACUCUCGCUGGACCCUGAAGGAUGCAGCUGUUGCCUGCAGAGAAUUGGACUGUGGCUCUGCUGUUUCAACAGGAAGCAGAAAGGAGUCCUCAGACAGACCUGUAUGGAGGAUCAGACGUGACUGUCUUCAGUCUGGAUCUGCACUGAGGGACUCAAAGGAUUACAGCGCCAGUCACUAA